AAUUUUCACAAUUUGCCGCCUUCUCUGAUUAAUAGGGAAAUUAAUUUCUAGUCAUUGGUACUCCAUCAUAGAUAGCUGUCUGCUGUGCACGUGUUGAAGGAUCAGUACAACCUCCCAAGUGUCAAACUCAAAUUUAUAUAAUAAUUCACUGAGGACCAGUUACAAAAUUCGUUCUGAUAAUUGCAAUUUGAAAGUAUCAACUCAACGACGCAAAGAAUGACAACUUCCUAUAUCAGCUGCGCCUGUAAUAGAACUCCAAAUUCAGCAGAUUGGGGUAGAAAUGGUCUGGUUUGUUAUGGGGCUCGAAACGCAGUUGCUGUUUAUAAUCCAGAGGCAUCAAAGUUGGGUAAAGUUGUUGAGACUCUCCACAAACACAGUGACAAUGUGACAGUUGUGCGAUGGAUAAAGACCAGAAAUGAGGAGCCAGAGACAGAGUUGAUAUCAGCAUCGAGCGAUGGAACUACCAUAAUAUGGAGUAAAGUCGGAGUCGUUUUCAAGCCCCUUACAAUACUAAAAGAUGAAUGCGCGGUCAGAAUUGCCAUAGCUCAGUACCUCGAUGAAUCUAGAGGUAAUAAUGGUUCGACCGAAUUACUGAUUUGUACUGGAAAUACAAAGGGACAACUUAAGCUGUGGGAAAGAAAAAAUGAUGGAGAGAUAAGCAUUUGCCAAACCAUGAAAUUUGGCAAUAAGCUACUCAUUGAAGCUGCCAUAUGCUUUUUACCUGGUUCUAACAUCCCACUAAUUGCAGUCGCCAUAGAGGAUUCAAGCAUUGUCUUAAUUUGUCGAGAUCCAAGCAGAAGAAGCGAACAUCCUUUCGUCAAAGUCCAGACUUUGAUUGGCCAUGAAGAUUGGGUACGAUGCAUAGACUUUACAUAUGAUGACAACAAAGAUGUUUUGAUGGUCAGUGGAUCUGAAGAUAAUAUGAUACGAUUGUGGCGGAUAUCAGUUGAAAGAGAAGAAGUUACUACCGACGAACUAAGACAAGAAAAACAACAAUUCUCUGUAAUAGGUAAAAAGUACAAUGUUGCUCUAGAGUCUAUUUUGAUAAGCCAUGAGGGUUGGGUCUAUGGAGUAAAUUGGCACCCAUCAGAAUAUUCAAAAGGUAAACGACACCAGCCAAUGAAACUGCUUUCUUGUUCAAUGGACAAAACAAUGAUUUUAUGGGAACCUGAAGCCACUUCUGGAAUAUGGUUAGAGUCGGUGAGGGUUGGAGAUGUCGGUGGAAAUUCGCUGGGAUUUUAUGGAUGUAAAUUUGGGCCAAAAGGAGACAGUUUUUUGGGGCAUGGGUACCAAGGCUCUUUUCACAUUUGGGAGCAUUCGAAGACAACUGGAAAUUGGGCACCAAGAUCAGCUCCUAGUGGCCAUUUUUCAGAAGCUGUUGAUCUGUGCUGGGAUCCAAAGGGAAGAUUUUUGCUCACUGCGAGCAUUGACCAAACUACAAGAGCUCAUGCACCCUGGUUCGAUGUAAGAUCAGGUUCUGAAACUUGGCAUGAAAUAGGACGCCCUCAAGUACAUGGAUAUGACAUUUCAUGCCUGGCAAUGCUGUCGCCUUACAUUUUUGCUUCUGGAGCUGAGGAAAAAGUUGUGAGAACGUUUGGUGCUCCCGCGACAUUCAUCAAUUAUCUUAAAAAGCUAUCUAAUGCCGAUGACUGUAGUGGUUUGACUGCAGAAAGUGCUGCUGUACCAGCUCUAGGUUUAACUAACAAAGCAGUUUACGAUGGGGAGGUUGUUGUGGGUGAAAAUUUGUACACAGGAAAUUCCAGGGAUUUAAAUUUCGAGAAUCCUCCAACGGAAGAAGAAUUAAUUCAGCACACACUGUGGCCAGAGUUACAAAAACUCUAUGGGCAUGGUUAUGAAAUAUUUUCAAUGGCUGCAAGCCAUGACGGAUCUCUGCUAGCAACUGCCUGUAAAUCUUCUUCCAUCGAACAUGCAGCUAUAAUUAUGUGGGAUACAAGAACCUGGAAGAUUCAAGAUAGACUAAUUUCACAUCAGCUGACUGUAACACAGAUUGAAUUUUCCCCAAACGACUAUUACCUUUUAUCUGUAUCAAGAGACAGGAGAUGGUCUCUAUUUGCUCGUGGGAUUGAUUCUGCAUAUAAACUGAAGGCAGCGAGUUCUAAGAAAGACAGUCUUCACAGUAGGAUAAUUUGGUGUUGCACUUGGUCUCAUGAUUCAAAAUAUUUUGCUACAGGCUCUCGCGAUGGCAAAAUUGGUAUUUGGGAUCCCACCAACUUUACCGACGAGAAAUAUCUGCCGUUUACUAGCUUAGAAAUGAAAGAUGCCUCCGUAACUGCACUCACUUUUUCCCGGAGCAGCGUAGCUCAAAAUUCCUACAUUAUGGCAAUCGGUUUCGAGAGCGGAAAUAUAGAGAUUUAUAAAAUUUUUAUUGCAAAGGGCUCGCCAGUUUGCAGAAAAUAUGAUACUCUCGAUACUUCACGUGCACAUCAUCUCGCUGUGAAAAGACUCUCGUUCAGACCACAAAACAAUAAUUCAAUGGCUGAAAUUCUACAACUUGCUAGUUGUGGGUCAGACAAUAUGAUUAAAAUCCACAACUUCAAUCUCAAAGACCUUAUGGAAUUCUAAUUCCUUGCCCUAGAUAUUUUCUACACUGAUAAAAUAAACUUAUUUAUCUAUUA